AUGCAAGAACCCCCCCGAAAAAGCAAAACCUUCCUCUGGGUGAACAAGGACGAAGCCUCAGUUUCUCUGUCGUCUAGCGAUCGCCGGGAGAAACAUCGAAUAUUUUCAUUCGUUCAACGUCAAAGAUCCGAGGGGAAGAUAGCAGGGAUCACAGACAGCCGUAUAUCGCGGUACGAUCCUGCAUUAAUCCGACAUCCCCGACCUUUGCGCGUUAGACCCUCGGGCCAUCCUAGCCCCAGUUCAAUAGAGGAUGAAUCUUCCCUGCAGCCGGUGACAGACGAAGGAGUCAAGACGCGAGUGCAGGACACCUCGCCUGGACGACCUCGAACAUCUAAGGAGGUCGACGAUUUCAUCAGACGACACCGAUUUACAAUCGAACAAGUGUCGAAGCACAACUGGCUUCCAGGGUCUGGAGUCGAUCCUUUUGCUGUCACACCAUUUCCCAUAACGCGCCACGUCGAAGCCCUGAUCAAAUAUUACUGGGCAUUUGCUUUGACAGGCGCUCACAAUGACAAAACCGAAAUUCUCCCUCCUCACCUCCAGCCUGUGAAUCAAUACACCGUUAUCCGGGACAAUGCAGUCCAAGGUGCUAUGCACUCGCGAAUCAGAUUCGCCGGUAUCAUGGUAAUCAUGGCUGCGAGAAUGGUUCACAUCUCGCGGAUACCAACGAUAGGGUUCCCUCCGCCAGAGUACUACUUGCAGUUGGCAUUGCAUGAAGUCCGGGGCAGAAUGCUGGAGUGUCAAGACCAGGGCAUAUCCGCCGAUACAACUGUUCUGCUCGCUGUACACCACCUUGCACUGGCCGAGUGGAUAUGUCAACGAUACGACGUUGCCACCACGCACCUGCACGCGGCCAAGAAGCUUCUGCCGUCAAAGCCUUCCAGUCACCCAUCCGUGGCGUUCGCCGAAGAAGGGAUUGUCAAUACUGACAACUUGUUGUGCAUUGAGACCGGGAGGCCGCCUAUUUUCCCUGUUCUGUACGAUCCAGGGCCAUUGGAAAAGGCAAGGAUGACAGCUAUCAGGGAGGAGAUCAUGACUCGGUCACAAAGCAGGGGAGUUGGAACUACCAUGUCGAUGUCGGCUCCUAGUAACGGCUCCUUCCCAGACGCAAUGCUACCGACCAGUGCUUUCGUCUCUCAUCAGGUCGAUAUUCUCCUGGACGCCUCUGUGAUUCUAGACUGGGAUCUCGGGUCAGGGUUUGAGCGGGCUCUGGCCGCGGACGUGAUUCAUCCGGUAUUGGCACCAAUUAUUCAAGACCUCCUCGAUGUGCUUACCGUGGCUAAAUAUGUCUGGCGCACAGCUGACGCCAGCAGAGAGGAUGCACAUUGGAUGUGCAAACGAGCACGGGCAUUUGUUCAUCAUAUCCUUCUUCUCCCCACCCACCCAGACCUCGCCGAUUUCACUGUCAAGUCAAGGAAGGCGGAGGCGCUUAGACUCGCAGUUCUCCUUGUGCUCAUCCGCUGCACGAACCGGGUAUCUUUUCGGGCCACAAAGCCGAACAUGCGUCGCCUCCAGUCUGCAUUGUAUGGCAUUGACACCGACUGGACGACCGAGAACCACUUUGGCCUCAGCAGCCAGCCGACCCCGCCUAGCAAAGGAAGCAGUGACUCGUCUCCUUCUCCUUCAGUCUCGCCGGCAUCAUGCAGCACACUAAGUCCUCUCGUCGGACCGUUUGGCCCGGCUCUGCGUAAUCUCCAGACGAAACAAUACGACGAGAAUGAGCUUCUCCUCUGGAUUUUGUUGACGGGCCACUUCAAUGCGCAAGGCGAGCCCGAGGAGUCGUGGUUCCUCGAACGGGCGACACAUGUUGCUCAACAACGCCUUGGUAUCGAUAGCUAUGACGGACUGCAUGAGUUUAUGGGCAAGUACUUCUACUCAAAAACACAACAGCUAUACAGUCUCCGAGUUGUGGCGCUACAUCUGUCUUUACUGUGA